AUGCCGUCCAAUGAGAGCGAGAAAGCGAUUUUGGUCCUUGAUCCUUCGGUAAAUGGAAGAAGGGUGAGGGCACAGUCGGGGCCUGCCUGUCAUCCUACGCGCUCAGGCGCUAAUGCGGAGAAAAGAAGUUUGGAAACGAAGCGGCCACGCACUGUGCCCGAAGCGAGACAGGCAGAAGCAACGACCUCGCUAUUGAGGAGAACAGGGAAUGCGAGGUCACCUCUUAUAAUAGUCACUGGCGGUCGCCUUCAAAAUGGCGAAAGCCUGAGAUCUGCAGAGGCCUACAUCAUCGAUGAAGAAAGAUGGGUCCCGUUACCAGAAAUGAAUAUUCCCCGUUACCUUCAUUCUGUUGUUGCCAUCGACAAUCGAGUUGUGGUCAGUGGUGGUGAUACCGGUCCAGAAAGAACGGAUACCAUCGAAAUAUUGAAUCUUAAUGAAGCCCCUCUGCGAUGGAUCAUCUCUGAUGCGAGACUGCGUGUUCCACUGUGUGCUCAUCAGACGGUUGCUCGUGAAGGAAAGUUGAUAGUCAUCGGGGGGAAUGACGAAAAUGAUGAUCCUGGAACUGUUGGGAAUUCAAACAAAAUCUAUGAAGUCGACCUCGUUCACCCCUACUCCACCAGGAUUUUGUGUUUUCUUCCUCAACCAAUGUCAUGGCAUGGUGCUGAGAUGAUUAACGAUAGAAUAUUCAUCUUUGGUGGAGGAAGAGGCUUCACUAACCCAUACAAUCAGAUCUCGGUGUAUGACCCUAGCACAAACACUUGCCACCAAAGUGUUCAAGGUUUACCUCACAGAGUCCAAGGACUAGCAGCGGUAAUUUGGUCAAACAGAGUUCUACUUCUGGGAGGGGUUGAUGCUGGUGGUCAAGAAUUAAACACCGUCAUUUCGUACAACGUAACGUCAGGUGUAACAAGGCCAUUGGUUUCAAUGCAGCAGCGAAGAGGUGGUUGCACAGCUGUCAUACAUACCAUUCAAGGUCAGCAACAGCAACAAGAACGAGGUGUGAUUGUCGCUUUAGGAAGUUUGGGAGACCUUCACACAGUUGAAAGAUGCGUUCUUGGUACAAAUGCCUGGAGUGAUAUGCGUCCCACAUUAGAAGCUCGACAACUAUUCACCAGCAACACAGCAGCCGUUUUUCAGCCAGUAUUCUAG